UGGAGAGGAGCGAAGGGCCGCAGGAACCCGGCGGGCAGGAGGGGACAAGGGACAAGGCCCAGAAAGACGGUUUCCAAGGGCUCUGAGGAGUAUCUAGUGCCCCCCCCUUGGAAACCGCCGUUUGCCGCUGCGGCUGGAGGCUCAGGGGAGGAUGACUGGGCUGGAGCUGCUCUGCCAGGUCUGUGCCCUCGCCCUCUUCGCCCGCGCCACUGCCAGCGACCCCUCGGAGGAGCAGGAAGCCGUGCGUUACCUGCGGCAGUUCGGGUAUUUGCAGAAGCCGCUGGAGAGGCUGACGGAGGAGUUCACCGACGCCGAGCUGACCGAGGCCAUGAGGUCUUUCCAGCUGGCCUCCGAGCUGCCCGCCACCGGCCUCCUGGAUGAUGCCACCCUGGCGCAGAUGAGGCAGCCGCGCUGCGGGGUCGAGGACCCCUUCAACCAGAAAACCCUCAAGUACCUGCUCCUGGGCCGCUGGCGCAGGAAGAACCUGACCUACAGGAUCUACAGCUCCACGCCGGACAUGGCGGCCAGCGCUACCCGCCGGGCCAUCCAGGCUGCCUUCCGGUACUGGAGCGACGUGGCCCCGCUGACCUUCCGGGAGGUGCGGCACGGCACGGCCGACAUCCGCCUCUCCUUCCACGGUGCCUACUCCUGGACCUGCUCCCGCCCCUUCGACGGACCUGGGAAGGUGCUGGCUCACGCCGACGUCCCCGAGGAGGGCACGGUGCACUUCGACGAGGACGAGCUGUGGACGGAGGGGACGUACCGCGGUGUCAACUUGCGCAUCAUUGCGGCCCACGAGAUCGGGCACGCCCUGGGCCUGGGCCACUCCCGCUACCCCGCCGCCCUCAUGGCCCCCGUCUACAGUGGCUACCGGCCCCACUUCCGCCUGCACUUCGACGACAUCGACGGCAUCCGGGCCCUGUACGGCAAAAAGACUCCGGCAGUGACGCUGUCUGGGACCCUGCCGAGCCUGUCGCCCACCUCCCCCAGCCUGCCGCCCGGGAAGGUGCCCGACCCCUGCACCGACGGCUUGGACGCCCUGAUGUUCGGCCCUUAUGAGCAGACCUACGCCUUCAAGGGGGGCUAUGUCUGGACCGUGACGGAUUUCGGGACUGGCCCCCUGAAGGAGAUCCCGGCCCUAUGGAAGGGGCUCCCCGAGCGGCUGGACGCGGCCGUGCACUCCCCCCGCACCGGCCGGAGCUACUUCUUCAAAGGUGACAAGGUCUGGCGGUACCGAGGCUUCCAGCUGGACCCCGGCUACCCCAAGGCCCUGACCCGCGUCCCGGCCAAGAUCGACGCUGCCUUCUACUGGCCAGUGAACAAGAAGAUUUUCCUCUUCAAGGGCACCGGCUACUGGCAGUGGGACGAACUGGCCUGGAGCGACUUCAGCGGCUACCCCCAGAAGAUCUCCAAGCUGUUCACCGGGGUGCCCUCCCACCUGGACGCGGCCGUGGCCUGGGAGAACGGCCGGGUCUAUUUCUUCCAGGGGGCCCAGUACUGGCGGGUCAACACGCAGCUGCGGGUGGAGAAGGGCUACCCGCUGAGCACGGCCGAGCGCUGGAUGCACUGCGAGGCCUAGGCGCCCCCGCGGGAUGGGCCCAGGCGCCCUGGGAUCGGGGCCAAGGGGAUGGAGAAGAAAAGGGGGGGAGGGGUUUUUAACGGGCCAGAGGCGCCACCUGCAGGCAGCUGGCGGGAACGGCUCAGGGACAGGACAUUGCGGGGGAUGGGUGCCUUGCCUGGGCAUUGUACCCCGGGGAGCCCCUGCUCCCUCCCUGCACAAUAAACCCCAUCACCAGG